AUUUCUACCGUCGCGGUCAGAAUGGUGGGUUUCGGUGUUUGCAAGGAUGGUCCGAUUUUUAAGGGUUGCAAGCAGGCAACGUCGAAGAUGAUCAAAGACCAAAGAAUGUUCUGUGCAUUCUUAUGGGACAAAAAUUUCAUGCACCAGGUGCACUUCUCCAGAACUUUAGAAAUGACGACGAAAACUCAACAUGAGCACUGCAAUGAUCUCGUGGCUUUGCGGACGACUCCUUCUUGUUCCCCAGCGUCACUUAUUCAUCUUCUAGGGGACGUUGCUACAACAUCUUCAACAACGAGGUCUCUUCCAGCACCAGCAGAUAUUAAGGAGAGGAGGAACAAAGGCCGAAGAAGAAAACGUCGCCCGUGGUCUUGGCGAAGCGUAUUACUGAUUCCCAAAACGGUCAGUGGGCUGCUGCAAAGAAACACUAAAUCUGCCACCUCUACUGCAGCGUCUUCCGCCCCCGGAGCUGCUGCUCCACAUCAGUACAAUGACCACAGCAAGACGCCGACGUCGGCCAACGAGCGCGGCGACGGCUUUGUCACGAAAGCCUUGCGGACUUCCGAAGCGCACAUUUUGCAGGCGCUUUUCGACGAGCGGAGCGGUCGGAAUCAAACGCACACUUUCACGGUCAACGAAAAUCUGUUUGGCGGGCCGAAUCUCGAUUGCUGGGCGGACCCGCGGUUCAAUUUUCGCAAGUGCUGCAACGCCAUGCACUACUCCGUGCAGAUGAAUCACUGCUGGGACGGGAACAAGUACACGCAGGAGAACUGCUGCGGCGCGGAGCUCUAUUUCCCCCCGACCUGCCUGGACCUGAUGCGGCACUUUGAAUUUUCCAUGGUCCAGCGCCUGGGCCAGGACGACCCGAUUACGAACGCCGUGACCGGGUGUCUGAAGGUUCUCCGGUCCCCGGACCCGGAGCUCUCCCUCCGCGGCUACGUGGAGCCCGGGUUCGAGCCGUUCGACGUGGCGGGCUGGCACUACCCGACGGCCACGGUGCACCAUCCCGGGCUGCGGAAGUUCUCCUUCCCCGCCCUGGACGCCUACGUGGGCAACACGUUUCUGGUCGACGGCACGUGGAUGCCGGUGGAGGUGGAGCUGCUGCGCGCCUUCCUCCCCGAGGACUCGGUCGUGGUGGACGCCGGGGCCAACAUCGGGGGCUUCACCCUGCCCUUCGCGAAACGGGUCGGCAGGAACGGCAUGGUGUUUGCGUUCGAGCCCUUCCGCGUUCUGUUCCAGCACUUGACCGCCAACGUCGCGCUGAACGGGUUGUUGAAUGUGCAAACCUUCCAGCACGGACUUGGCAAGGAAUACGAGCGAGUGAAGCUGUAUCAACUGCAAAAGUGUCUGGGUCUGGAAACUUGUGAUGCAAGGAAGGGAAUAGUCAACUCACUGUAAUACGCUGCCAAGCAUGACAAGUUUUUUUCAUGGUUCUGAGUUGCGUACUCCGCAUGAGAAGCUGCGUUUUUGCAUGACAGGGAGAAGGAGCUCUUCGUGGCCACGCAAUACAAACUGCAGAGUCAUGCCAGACUAGCAUGACAAAUCUCGUCAUCUUCCAGACCCAGACAUUUUUGCAUUUGAUAAGCUGCCCAUGCCGAAUUUGAACAAGCUGUCCAACCCGGCCAAGUAUCCUGUCGUGCAAAAGUAUCGUACUCGUCGUUGUACUUAGUGGCAUUAUUGCAUGAGAAAGAUGAAACAUCUUUCUUUAAUACCUUCUCCGGCAUGACAAACUCCAUUUUUGUUGUUGGAAAAAUUUGUAAUGCGAUUGCUACUAGUGCGACUCCGACUGCGAUACUUCUGCGAUGCAUACCAAGUCGUCCGUGGCGGCCACGGACAACCUGAUGAUGAUUGAGACGGAGAAGGAAUAUGAAGAGGAAAUCGAGAUCAAGCCUCUGGACGACUACUUUCGCAGGUUCCCGUAUCAUGUGUAACAACGAACGUCCCCAACGACCCACAGUCAAGAUGGAAAAUCUGCUACACAAAUCAACAAGUUUUGGUUGUUGCGCAUGACAAGAUUAGGCUCUUCGUCGCAAUGUAGCCGUGUGCAAGAGCUAGUAGAAGCAACAAACCUCCUCGAGCAUCCUAUCCUGAUUUGAAGCAUGACAAAAUUCAAAACACAACUAGAAAAUGCUUCUCAUUGGGCAGCGCAUGAGAAACAUUGUAGGCAUGCUGAUUUACGUGACAACUCUGGGUAGUUCUGGACGUUUGUACUCGGGAUAUCCCGAACAGAGUGUACUUGAUCAAAAUCGACGUGGAGAAAAUGGAGGUCCCGCUUCUCGAGGGCGCGCGCGCCAUCCUGCAGUACCACCGGCCGUUGCUGUUUGUGGAAGACAGCGAGGAGACCCGGGCGGGUCCACCGCUGAACGUCACCGAGAGGCCGCACUUACUCGACCUGAUCAACAACAAGCUCUCCGCGCGGUUCCGCCCGGAAACCGAAGUUUCCUCCGCCGUCACGCGGCUAUGGAGUGCAAAUAUGUCUGGGUCUGGAAGAAUGCAACUUGUGAUGCUGCAUUUGGAUUCCAAAAAAAAUCUGUAUUGCAUGAGCAGCAAAGGGAAUGUAAUUUUUGCUACGCGGAGAGGGCAUUUGUCAUGCGGAAUACGCAUCAAGAACGCCGCAAAAAAUCUGUGAUGCUACGGCAUGUAUCACAGACAUCAUGGCUCAUGCAAAACGUGCAUGAAAAGUCUCAAAAUCUCCCAGACCCAGACAUAUUUGCAGGGCAUAGCGGCUGCUGUGGUACUACGGGUACCUGGUAUCGCAGUGCACAACUCGUCUACUGUCCCAAAUUUGAAUUUCACGCAACAAGAGAAACUGUGCAUUAUUGCUUCCGAUUGUAUUUGGUGCAGCUGCUCGAAGAUGCUCUUAGUCUUACAAGCACUUCUCCGUUUGUUCAACACGGAUUGCCCAGGUUGAGAAAGUCCUCAACUACCGCAGUGAAAAUUCAUAAGUGGGUCUUUCAUUUGCAGAAGUUGCAUUUCUCAUCUUCAUUCUGUUGCUCUUUGUGCCUUUCGAAUUGGGGGGGUAAGUAGCUCGUUGUGCACUCUGAUACAAGUGUAUCGACCUCUACAAAGAAGUCGGAGGACAACUUACGAGUUUGUUCUGUGCGCCCGAUGAGAAGCUGGACGGCUUGUGGCUCGGCAUUGUGAAGUUUUUUGACACCACCAGGUACAGAGGCGGGAAGCGGUGAAAUUAAUGUUCUUUAUUUUGCAGAAAAUUAAGAAAGGCAAGAAGAUGAAGACCUGCUCCCCCUGCUGGGGAACAGCGGCAUCUCGUCCCCGCGACGUUCACGGAGUUCUUGUACAGACCUUUCGACGCGU